CGCGCGGCGCCGGCGCCUUCUCCUCUCCGCUCCGGGCUGCAGCGCUCCUGACGGGCGGGCGGGCGGGCGGCACCGGAGCGGGCGGACUGGGACCUCCGGGGCGGCGGGAUGGCGGCGGCGGCGACGUGUGCGCCCCCGGCCAGGCCCAGCCUGACAUCCAUCUCGUCGGGGGAGCUGCGCAGCUUGUGGACGUGCGACUGCGAGCUGGCGCUGCUGCCCGUGGCCCAGCUGCUGCGCCUGCUGCCCGGCGCCCUCCAGCUGCGCGGGGACCAGCUCGCGGUGCCCGGGUCCGGGGAGCCGGCUGCCACCAGCGGGGGCUUCAACGUCUUCGCCGACGGUCUCGUGCGCAUGGACGGGCAGCUCUGCCGCCUCGGCCGCUACAUCAAGAGGUAUGUGGAACUGACCAACUACUGUGAUUAUAAGGACUACAGGGAGACUAUACUGAGCAAACCGAUGCUGUUCUUUAUUAAUGUACAGACCAGAAAAGACAUCUCAAAAGAAAGAACAUAUGCCUUCCUUGUGAACACAAGGCACCCUAAGAUAAGAAGACAGAUAGAGCAAGGGAUGGACAUGGUCAUUUCCUCAGUGAUUGGAGAAAGCUACCGGCUCCAGUUUGAUUUUCAAGAAGCAGUAAAGAAUUAUUUCCCUCCAGGAAAUGAGGUGGUUAAUGGAGAAAAUUUGAGCUUUGCCUAUGAAUUCAAAGCUGAUGCAUUAUUUGAUUUCUUCUAUUGGUUUGGGCUCAGCAAUUCCACUGUAAAGGUGAAUGGAAAAGUUCUGAAUUUGUCAAGUACAAGACCAGAAAAGAAGGAGACAAUUAAAUUAUUUCUGGAAAAAAUGAGUGAACCAUUAAUUCGAAGGAGCAGUUUCUCUGACCGAAAAUUCAGUGUAACUUCUAGAGGUUCAGUAGAUGACGUUUUUAACUGCAGUCUGUCACCCAGAUCAUCUUUGACGGAGCCUCUUUUGGCAGAAUUACCGUUUCCAAGUGUUCUGGAAUCUGAAGAGACACCUAACCAAUUUCUCUGAUUGGACUGAACAUGGUCUAGUUCCUCCUACACUCCAGGCCAACUGAAGGUUGAGGGGAGGAGGGAAGAUGUGGGAGGCAGGCCUUCCACCCUCUGGUCCACCCCUCUGCUCCUCCAAGCAAGUGCUCCUCUCACAUUUCCCUGGGUGCUGCCUUGCCCUGGCAGGCUCCAUAUAGCUGACUUCAGGAUGGGAGGGCACUGCCCUCAUGGCUGGGUAUCCCCUCCUGAACACUUGUCCAAAGAGGCAGAGGGACCGGCGGGGUCCUGCCACCCUGAGUGCUUUGUGUAGGACCUUGGCGCCCAGAGGGUUUCUUUGGCAGUCUCUGUAGGACCAGUCUGACUUGGGCAUUGACCAUGAUGCUUCAUAAAUCACGGUUUGGCCCUCUGCUUGGGACACCCUUGUCUGAACCCGAACCUAGCCAGCACAGCAUUGGUUGUUCUAUUCUUUUGCAAACUUGGCUGGGCACCUUUCACUGGAAGGCAAGUGUGUUUCUCAUCCUGCCUUUAGGAGAACCAUUCUAGGUAAAGUUUGCUGGCGAUUAGCCAGGUUGGCAGGAUGGCAGCCCUGCCACCUGCUGCCUAAAAUUUGAACUCCCUUGGCCUCCCUCUUAACAAAGCAACCCGUGUAGAAAGAGGCCAGGUGAUGUGCAACAAAACAAUGACAGGGGAAGGAUCAUGAUUCCAUGAGUGUCCUCUUUCUACACAAAUGAUAUGAAAGCACAUUAUGUCAGUUGGGUAUUUUUUUUUUUUUACUUUUUUAUUGAAUUUAUGAGGGUGACAUUGGUUAAUAAAAUGAUAUAGGUUUCAGGUGUACAAUUCUAAUAUACAUCAUCUGUAUAUUGUAUUGUGUGUUUACCACUCUCCAAGUCAAGUUUCCUUCCAUCACCAUUUAUCCCCCUUACACCAGUAGGGUAUUUUAAAUAAGCCUUUAGCAAUCCUAACACUAAAAGCAAAAUAAAAGAAAGCUACAACAUUACCACAAUACAUUGUUACAUCAAUCCAUUUCUCACCUAUAGCUACAAUGGAAUUCUUCAAAAAAGAAAAAAAAUCCUAUCUAUAUAUAAAAGCUAAUUGAGUAAAUCACUCCAUAUGCUUAUAAUGAGAAAGGCUUAUGAAUCCCAAGUAUACUUUUUCUAUCCUUGAAAAAAAAGUCCUUGUAUUUCAAUAGCAUUACCAAUUGUCUUUUUUUAUAUUUGAAAUGUUAUGUACUAUCUUUGUGCAAUUAAAACUUUCUUAUAAUUCAA